AUGCUAGUCUUCUUGUUUCAUGCCAAGGCCGCCGUGAUAUCCUCUCACGCGCAAAGGCGGGUCGCGGCCAAGGUGGCCAAGACGCGAGCAGCGCCGGCACCAGUUGACUACGGUGCCACUCUACGCUUUUUGGUGGGUGCCACCUCUUGGUCUCGAAUGAGCCACCCUGACCUCAUUUGGUUUUUUGGACAACUUGCGCUCCCCAAGCCUUGCCAUUCCGCUCACCAGCACCAAGAGCAACUCCCCGGAGCUCCUAACUACGAGCAGCUUCCUGAAAACAAAAGGAGCCAAAAGGCUACCGACGCGUACUUCGCCUCUCGAUCUUAUCCCGGCUACUUCUCGAGAACCCCCAUGCGAUUCCCGAUUCCGUCUUAG